UGUCAUUCGAGUGCGAAGCACGCGUUUGUUGAUUUAUUUGCGUAGCUGCCUUGGCCAAGAGUCUUGGGUGCUUAAUCAGUUACAAGCUGAACGCUUAACGGUGAAAAUAAUACAAACAGAGUGUGUAGUGUACAGUGUCUCGCGACUUGACUAAGUUCUGCCUAAUGGGCUCGGAACGUGCGUGUUAAUGGCCAGUUAAUGACGGGUAAUUAAGGUGCAAUAAGCGUAUGCGUAAUUUUCCAAGUGCGCCUCGCACGCAUGCAAAGCGACCGAAUUCGAUCAGCCAUCAAUCUAACAACUGUCAACACAACAAAUCCAUUUUUGGAACAAAUAUAGAAAAAACACAAAGUGUGUAAGUGUCGCUGCUAAGCCGCCAAAAAAAAAAAGUAACAAGAUAAAUUACUUGGCACGCAUUUAAAUGUAAGACACAAAAAUCUAGCAAAAUUGUGUGGAGUUUUGAGUGCUGACUUUUGUUUAUGACAGCGCCAGAAAUCAAAUAAAAUAACAAGCAAAUUGAAUUUACAACAAUUUGUAUAAACAAAAUCCAAAAGUUUUGCACGCGCUGCAAAGCCGCUGAAAAAAAUAAAAAUAAAAAAACGUUUCAAACGUGCAAACGAAAUCUCCAAACGCUGCUAAGCGCGCAACACUAAAAAGCGCAAAAGGGAAAUGCUAAAGUAGACAAAACAUUACCAAAGAAAAAAAAAAAAAAAGUAAAGUGUGUGCGUGUGUGUGUGUGUGUAAGCUAAAGAUAGACAGCAGUGUUAGUGUCGUUGUUGUUGUUGUGCUUAUAGCUCCCGUGUGUGCGCUUAGCUCUUGACUUUGCUUUUGCUUUUCGCCCACUAAUUUGACAAAAGAGCGGCGGCGACUGCGACUGCGACUGCGACGGCGACUGCGAGUGCGACUGCUGGACCGCAGCGAAUUACGCAACAACUAAAAGGCGCUCAUAACAAUAAACUGCGGAUUACAAGCCAACAAACAAGCAACAAAAAUGUCUGCCCGCCCUCGCCUUGGUAAAUUUGGAUUACUCAACUGGCUCAUCAGUUGGCUGCUGUUGAUUCUGCUCGAAGGUUAUAGCGCCGCCAUUGCGCCAACGCCGCCAACAACAACAACCAGCACCACAAUCGCACCAUCGAAUUUGUUGCCCUAUUUCGACUUUGAUGUGCCACGCAACUUGACCGUUACCGUAGGACAAACCGGCUUCCUGCACUGCCGGGUCGAGCGACUGGGCGAUAAGGAUGUCUCCUGGAUACGCAAACGUGAUCUGCAUAUACUCACCGCCGGCAGCACCACCUACACCUCCGAUCAGCGUUUCCAGGUAUUGCGUCCAGAUAACUCGGCCAAUUGGACAUUGCAAAUCAAGUAUCCGCAACCGCGCGACUCUGGCGUCUAUGAGUGCCAAAUCAAUACCGAGCCCAAGAUGUCGCUCUCCUACACCUUCAAUGUAGUGGAGCUUAAAGCGGAAAUCUUCGGCCCCAGCGAUCUGAUGGUUAAAACCGGCAGCGACAUCAAUCUAACCUGCAAGAUAAUGCAAGGACCGCAUGAGCUGGGUAACAUAUUCUGGUACAAAGGCAGCGAAAUGCUCGAUGGCAAGAAUGAGAAUGAAAUUGACAGCUCCACAGCGCGUGUACUCGUUGAGGAUGAUUGGUCGGAUGGCUUGACUUCCAGAUUAAAAAUCAAGCGAGCUAUGCCCAGCGACACUGGCAACUACACCUGUGUGCCCACAGUGGCAAAAACCUCCAGCGUCUAUGUGCACGUAAUUAUUGGUGAACACCCAGCGGCCAUGCAGCACAAUUCGAGCAGCAAUAGCAACAGUUUCUACUGCGGCAUUUGUUGCAUGCUGCUAAGCAUUGUGUCCUGUUGCCUGCAGCAUUGGUAUGUGAGUGGCGCGACGGCCAAGACAAUGCUCAGAGAGCCUGCAGCAACAGCAACAGCAGCAACAACAACACAAGCAGCAGCAGCAACUUGCCAAUUGUCAACUGCUGCUGUUGCAACUUCACUGCGCGCACGUCAUAGCAACAGUUGCCACGCUCUAGUGCUGAGCGCAAGAUGAAGGAAACAUGCCACAGCGCAUUGAAUUUACUACAACGCACGUUGCAAGGUGGUAUGUGUAUGAAUUAGUUAAAUAUUUGGCAACUAAAAUGCAUUGAUUGAUUUCGUAU